AUGGAAGGCCACCCCUUCGUGCAAGGCGAGAAUUUAGCAAAAUACCUCUUCAGGUAUGGGCGAUGCAACGAUCAUACAUCAGUAUGGUAUGGACUUGAGAAGCGGGACCACGAGAUGAGCAUCGUUCCCGAGCCAUCGGGUCCGAAUUGGGGCUACUUCUCCGGCAUCAAGUUCUUUGUCGAGUCGAUGCACAAAGAAGCGAGAGAUAAGGAGGAGUCGGACAGACGCGCGUCAGCGAACGCUGACGCGAAAGCCCCAAAAAAGGGUAGGCGUCAAUAG